CUUUCUAGAUUAUAAAGCUUUUUACGUCGUGUGUACUUGUGAUUUUUUAGUAGUUGUAUGUGUUGCAGAUAGUAGUUUGGUGUUUUAUAUAUUUUCAAAGGGUCAUUGAUCUACGCUUAUGUCGGCUAACGACACAUUUGCCCCGUAAUUCAGCUGGAUUUUCUGUGGUUGUGACAUAUAUUUAUUUUUGUAUGUAUAAAGACGUAAGUGCUAAAAUGGAAACUGGAAGCUCAGUUAGUGACAGUCUUGAGGACCUGGAUCUUUCCUCAGAAUCUGUUAGUAUCUGUGAUGCUCAGACAAAAGGCACAAAGCGAAGUAAACAGCUAGUAACUGGGCCCCAGCCACCAAAGAGACCCAGGCGUAAUGCUGCAUUGAGGGUGACAUCCAGCCCUAGUAGCAGCCCCAUCCCAAGCCCUCCUGACCCCUCCCAGCAGCAGCAAUCUCCCUCCCAGGGGGUAUCCAGAAAGAUCUCCUUUAGACGUAUGAAGAGCGUGACCGAGGAGAGCCAGGGGAUCAGUGCGAAGGAUAUCUAUGAUGCUGUGUGCUCUGGAAAAAGUGCCAUGGUGACGGUGGUGGAGGAGUGGUUGUGCAGCUACAAACAGAGCCGAGAAGCAGGCUUGCUGGUGCUCAUCAACUUCAUUGUUCAAUGCUGCGGAUGUAAAGGUGUGGUGAGCAGAGAUAUGUUUGAAAGCAUGGAGAACGCUGACAUUAUCAGCAAACUAACAAAGGAGUUCAAUGAGGAUUCUGUGAACUACCCUCUGAGCACCCCCGGUCCUCAGGUGAAGCGUUUCAAAGCCGGUCUGUGUGAGUUUAUUCGGGUCCUGGUGCGCUCAUGUCGCAAUAGUUUUGUUUACGACGAAUUUCUCUUCCACACCCUGCUGGCUCUGCUCACCGGCCUGUCGGACUCCCAGGUCAGAGCCUUCAGACACACCAGUACCUUUCUGGCCAUGAAGCUGAUGACAGGGUUGGUGGACCUGGCGGUGGCAGUAUCAGGUCAGCUGCAGACCACCCAGCGGCAAUGCGACACAGAGAACAGCAAGGGACCACAUGAGCAAGCCUCUGACAGGCUGCAGGAGCUGAAGGCCUCCAUCAGAGAGCUGCAGGAGAACAGAGAGGAGCUCUCCUUCAUGAUCAACGCCACCUUCCGUGGCGUCUUUGUGCACCGCUACCGCGACCGGCUGCCAGACAUUCGUGUGACCUGUAUUGAGGAGUUGGGGGUUUGGUUGAAAACGGACCCUGAAAACUUCCUCAAUGAUGGAUGCUUGAAAUAUUUGGGAUGGACCUUACAUGACAAGCAAAGUCCAGUGCGUCUGCAGUCUGUGCGUGCCCUGCAGGGUCUGUACCAGGAGAAGGAGUUCAUUGGCCGCCUGGAGCUUUUCACCAGCAGAUUUAAAGAGAGGAUUCUCAGCAUGGUGCUGGACAAAGACCCAGACGUGGCAGUGGAAGUGGUCAAUCUGUUGCUCAUGAUCCAACUCAGCACAGAGGAAGGCUUGAAAGAGGAGGAGUGCGGCCACAUGUAUCCCGUGGUUUACACAUCACACCGAGGCCUGGCAUCUGCAGCCGGUGCCUUCCUCUACAACAAGCUGAAAUGUGUGAUUACUGCUAACAACCAGGAGGAUGAUAACAGCAGCAACGCAGCCUUUUUGCAGAUACUCAUAUCCUUCUACAUCCAGAGUGAGUUUCAUGAGCAUGGUGCAUACCUGGUGGACAGUCUGUGGACUGUGGCGGGGUCUGAGCUGAGAGACUGGGACGUCAUGACAGCUUUACUGCUGCAGGAUUCUGGUCUUAUGUAUGAGGAGGAGGGGGCGCUCUUAGAGAUUAUGGUGUGCUCCAUCCGACAAGCAGCAGAGGCAACUCCACCAGUUGGGAGAAUUCAGAGCAAGAAGAUCCUGAGUAUGAAGCACAAGAAAAUUCAGGAGCAAGACAGGACUCGCAUUACCACACAUUUCAUCCCUAUACUACCACAGCUGCUUUCCAAGUACUCAGCUGAUGCAGAGAAGGUGGUCCUUCUCCUCAGACUUCCUCUUUACUAUGAUCUGGACAUGUACAGCAGCACUCAGUGGCUUGAAAAGCAUUUCGACCUGCUGCUGUCCCAGAUUUGUAGCAUCGUGAAAAAGCACACGGAUGCGGCCGUGCUGCAGGCCUGCGCCCGACUGGCCAGCACUCUCUGCUCAGACUGCUACACCUUCUCCUCCCGUGCACACCUGGCAUUCGGUCAGCUGUUGGAUGACCUGACUGAAUGCUUCAACACCUACCUAAGUGACUUACUGGAGGGUACAGCAGAUGAGGAUGGAGUAUACAAUGCAGCUACAGCCUUGAAAAGGAUUGCUGCCUUGAGCAGUGCCAAGGACCCGACUGGAUGGCAGCUGUUUGAUUCCUGUCUUGAGUUGCUGAAAAGCAGGAUAGAAUCCUUGGAUUUUGACACGGAGCUCAUGGUGGCGGCUCUGAAGUGUGCAGCUUUUCACCUCAUGUGGGCAAAAGUGAAUGCAGUCAACAUCAAAGCAGCUGAGGCUGAUUUAAAGCGUCUGAAGAAGGAGGUCCGCUUGUUCUGCAGAAUCUGUCAGACUUGUUUGUGUCUGGACCAGACCAAGAUAAGGGAUCAGGCAUUUGAGGUGCUAUGUGACCUGCUGCUGCUGUACAGCGCGGCUUCAGUCCGCGGCGAGCCUGUCCUCCAAACGCUGGUCCACCUGCCGUCCGAUUCUCUGCGCGCUGAGUUGGCAUCUUUUCUCCUGGACUUCGUCUUCACCGACUCAGAAAACAUCGAACUUGAUGAUGAAGGUUUGGAAAAUAAGGUGGCUCUUCUUCAGAAGAAACGCAACCAGCUGGGUGGCUACUGUAAGCUGGUCAUCUACGGUGUCCUGGACCUCAGUGCUGCAACCAAUGUCUUCAAGCACUAUAGCAAGUACUUUAAAGACUUUGGAGACAUCAUAAAGGAGACUGUGAGCAAGAGCAAGCUCAUCAACCCCAUACAGAGUGCCAAGAUUGUCUGCUUGAGCCUGCAGCAGCUGUUCUCCGAGAUGCUUACAGAGGGCCACAACCAGCAGGAUUUCACCGAGAUGAGAGAGUUGGCCAGGAGGCUUGCCAUGAGCUUUGGCGUCGAUCUCCAUCGAGCCCGCAAACAACUGGUGGUCCUACACCUGGACGGUAUCCGUUUUGCAUUUCACGUGGGGCAGGAAGGAGAGGAGGAGCAUCCAAACUUGGCCUUCUUAGAAAUCCUCAGCGAGUUCAGUUUCAAGUUGCUUCCUCAGGACCGCGCCCAACUAGCUGACUUUGUGAAAUCUAAGUGUCCCCGUGCUGCCCUCUCCUGGCCAUCUGUUAAACUGUAUCAGCGUUCUUUGGAGUCUCGCUCAUCCAAAUACAAAGAGCCAGAGCAGGGAGGCGAAGCCGUCUCCUUCCUUGACACUCCUGUAGCCAAACGCAAGAAGACCACAGCUCCAGAUUCAGCGUCUAGCACUACCAGAGCGUCGUUGUUGGGGACCAGCAGUAUCCAGAGCCACCUUCACACUCCAGCCCUCACCUCGACUGCCCUGAGACAGACAACCAAACAGCCAGCUGCCAAGAAGCCCACAGCCACAGUGUCAGAGAGUGGGAGUGGCCUGACUGAGCUGGAGUCAGAAGAUGAGUUCUCCUCAGAUUCACACAUGCGGAAGGUAAAGCCAACCAAACAAGGAAAAGCUUCUUCUCUGCAGACUGCUACACAGCAAGAUCUGGACUCUCACCUGACUUUGCUUUCCCUGAUUGAGGAUGACAUUUCAGAAAGAGCUGAAGGCGACAGUUCAGAAGGCAGGGAGCCGGAGAUCGAAGAUUACGAAAGUGACAAAGACAAUGACUACACACUGCCAUCAACACGUCACACCUCAGCCAGCAUCCUUGAUGAGCUCUUUGACUGAGAUCAGUUUGAGAUCAUCUCAGCGUUUCUGCAUUUUCAGUCUGCAGCAAACCUUUCUGUGUAAACAAAUAUUUAAACCAUAUAUUCUUCUAAAUUUGUUCAUCUGUUGUGUUGAAUUUUGUAACUUUGAUUAUUAUAUUAUUUAAAAUGUGGCAAAGGUUCAGACUACAUUUUGUUCAGUUUAUGGGAAACCAUUUUGUGGUUGCUGUCACCUUUUUGUGUUUGGCCCUUAUGGUAAAUAAAAUAUGCCUAAUGUUUCAAA